AAACCUUUUUAAAAAUGACUGCUCUUAGCUUCAUACUCGUUGGGAUGCUUUUCACCGCUGCAUCACCUUUUCCCACCACCACUGACGAACGGAACUAUACAACACUUCCUGAACCCGGAAUUUGCGGCAUCAGCGUAGCGGAUCGCAUUAUAGGAGGGAAGAAAACUGCUAUCAAUGCCUAUCCUUGGGCUGCCCUGAUGGGUGUUCCAGCUUCAGCAUCACCUCGCGAAAUCCAAUUCUUGUGUGGGGGAUCGUUGAUCUCCGAACAAUUUGUCCUAUCAGCGGCACACUGUUUCAUCCUCAUUGACCCCGAUGUACACGAUAUUGUGGUUCGUCUGGGAGAAUGGGACAUUGAAAGCGACGUGGAUUGCAUCGGGAUUAUUUGCGCAGAUAAACCAAUGGAUUUUUAUAUUGAACUUUAUCAGCUGCACGAGAGCUUCGAUCCCGCUUGGAAUCUUAAUGAUGUAGCGUUAAUGAAACUACCGCGUCCUGUCGGCUUCACGGAAUUCAUCUCUCCGGUGUGUCUUCCUCUGUCGGAAGACUUGCAGGAAAAGCCGAAAAUUGGAAGAAUAUUUACCGUCAUUGGAUGGGGUAAUACCGGGAGAGUAGCGGAUAAAACACCGUUCUACGGCAGCCGGUAUAAGAAGGAGACCCGCAUUCCCGUUACCGACAGUGAAACGUGCGGUAGCUACAGGACUAUUUCAUCUUCGGAGUUUUGCGCUGAAAAUAGCACAGACAGUCAAAGCUGCAAAGGAGAUUCCGGUGGACCAGUGGUAGCUGCGGAAAACGAUGGAUACUGGUACCAGUAUGGGAUCGUGAGCUGGGGUUCUCCUUGCGGAGGUAUGUUCGGGAAUGGCAAUGAGUCGGCGUUUGGCGUAUUUGUCCGCGUGAGCAGUUUCCUGCCUUGGAUUAUGAAAACCAUGCGACAAUUGGGUGAUACGAGUACUGCUGGUCCAACAGACGUGGAAUGAACUGGUUUAUAAGUUGGUAUUUGUAUGGUAUUAAAACCAGUAGCCAGUAGGAAUUUUUAAAUCUCAAAUUUGAAAAUGUCGAUGUAAAAUUUAUCAUAAUUAUCAUCCCAUUGCAUUUAUAGUAAAUAUAAUUCUUU